CGGAAGUACGCGCUGAGGCGAUGGCGAAGCAAAAGACGGAAGAGCCGCGCAAAGUUCUAGAUGUGUCUCGGGAAGCUAAACUGGAUCCGAACAAGACAGACGUCCAGCAGCUGCUGGUAAGUAAGCACGAAGCAGGACCUUCUCAGAUCAAAGAGGAAGAAGAGGAGAUAGACGUCACCAAGCUGCCCUACAAUAUUGUUGUUGUGAAGAGUGAAGAAGAUGACGCUCAGAGAGGCGUGGAGCUUCUGGCCAGCAGCUCCAUCCACAUCAAAACUGAAGCUGGUGGGGAUGACUCUGGAGGACCAGAAUCUGCCGACAGCCAAGGUCAAAUUCUCUUCCCUAACCACCGGAGGUCACUGUCUUCUGAUUCUGACACUGAUGACAGCGAGGACUGGGGGGAAACCAGCAACACAUUGCCUGCUUUAGACUCCGUGGAGAAACUCGUUCCUGUCAGUGAAAAGAAUGAUGACAAGUCACUGACCUGCUCCAACUGUGGGAGGGAGUGUUCAUCCAAGGUUGCCCUGAACCAGCAUAAGAAAACAUGCCGAGUUGUGACUUGUCCAGUUUGUGGGAAAAUGUUGACCCAGAAAGGACACCUUGCGACCCAUAUGAGGGUCCACACGGGUGAAAAACCUUUCAGCUGCCCUGAGUGUGGAAAAUCCUUCAGUAAGAAGGGAGUGCUGAAAGAUCACAUGAUCAUUCACACUGGAGUAAAGCCCUUCAAAUGCAAUGAAUGUGGUAAAUGUUUCAGUCAGAGAGGCAACCUGAAGACUCACAUGAGAAUCCACACCGGAGAGAAACCUUACAGCUGCUGUGAGUGCGGUAAACGGUUUAAUCAGAGAGAAAAUCUCAAGACUCACAUGAAGAUCCACACAGGAGAGAAACCCUUUGGCUGCACCUUUUGUGGCAAACGCUUCAAUCAGAAGGAAACUCUGAAGAUCCACAUGAGGAUCCACACAGGAGAAAAACCCUUUGGCUGCACGCUGUGCUGCAAGUCUUUUUAUGACAAAGGACAUCUGAAUAACCACAUGAAAACACACACCAGCAAAACACCGUUCUGUUGCCCAGAAUGUGGAAAAUACUUUAAACUGGAAGAAGAUCUGGCGUAUCAUAUCAAAUUUCAUAAAAAAGCUAAACUUUCUGCCAAGAGUGAGGACACGUUGUCUGAAACCAGGUCUGACUUUUGAUCGAGUUGUUUUCAAACUAACUAGAAGUCUGACAGAACCUCAUUGUUAUUUUUCUUGCCACAGACAGUUCUCCACUGUCACCUACCUUCUCCUCCUCCUGUCACACCUUCAUCAUGACCCUCAAUGUCUCCUUCAUCUCCAACUCGGUCUCUCCUCUCCAUGUGCCUAAUCCAUCUGUCCUCCUUAACUUUGCCUCCAAACUUUUCACAAUAACAACCUCAGUGUCUUCAUCUUUGACUCUCUUGACUCUGACACUUGUCUUGUUAAAACAGUCACGGUCACCAUGACAAUCCCAAACAAUUCCUUGUCAAAUUCCUGGUCCUCUUCAAACAGAUUCUGAAAGUAAAAUAAAUGGCACAUUUUGGCUUUACUCUCUCCCACUACCAGAUCCAGUGACAGAUUGAAGUUACUCCCCUCUUUUACCAUUUUACAUGCCAAGGAGGACAACCAAAGAAAACUGACCCUUUGUUAUGACUCCAUGCUGGUCGUUGUUUUUCUUUAUCUUUGAAUAAAAUUUGAAUGUGACGUUCAAACCGUGGCCAGUACUGCUCCGCGAUGCUUUGUGAGGCUGAACAUCCGAGAAUCUCGCUCAGGCGACGCUGCUAAGGGUGUCUGUUCUCUUCACCUGUGAUGCUGAGCCAGGGUCCUGCAGAGAGGCUGUCCUGCAUGGGCCCUGAUCUUUACUUAAAUUAGAUUUAAUAACAGAAAUUCCU